CGCCUUCAUUCAUCACGGAUACAGAGAUUUUCAUAUCUGAUCGUCGACACUCCUCGUUGAUUGCUAUCACCAAUCUAUUUUCUGGAUUUGGAUGAGCGUUUUGGUCAGUCUAAUGGCACCAUGUUAUAUCAGCUGCAAACAGAGAUUAGUUCUCUAAAACAAAGCAACAUGGAUAUUGCAAGCUACUAUACCAAGCUCAAGAAGAAGUGGGAUGAGCUUAACGCUAUUUUGCAAUUGCCAAACUGCACAUGUGGAGCUGUUCAAGCUUUGAGGAAGUCUGAUGAAGAUCAGAAACUAAUUCAGUUCCUAAUGGGCCUAAACUCAGAUUAUACCAUAAUACGUGGUAACUUACUGAUAAUGAGACCUCUUCCUACAGUUGCUCAAGCAUAUCAAGUGCUGAUUCAAGAGGAAAAGCAACGAGGAAUUCAAGUUCCCUCUCAGAUUCUACCUGAACAUGUUUCCUUGAAUACCACCAAGACUGCCACAGGUGGUUAUAAAGGCAAAACAGACACUAAAAGGGCUUUGGUCUGUGAUCAUUGCAAGAAACCUGGACAUGUAGCCAGCAGAUGCUUCAAGCUAAUAGGAUUUCCUAAGGAUUUUAAAUUCACCAAGGGGAAGAAUGCUUCAGCACAUUCUGUCAAUGUGGAAGAUUCUUUCAAAUCUGCUGAUGAACCAGAAAAACAACUCAAUUCAGAUUUCUGUCAUCAAUUCAUGAAGUUACUAGCUACUGUCCAGUCCAAUGUGAAUAACCAGAGUUCCUUAAUAAAUUCUGCCUGUUCAGGGCCCUUCCAUGAAGAGGCCACUGGUUCUUGGUAAACAAAUUGGAGGUCUCUACCUGUCCCAAACUGAUACAAGUUCAAAGUCUUCCAACACUUGUUCAACUCAUCCUCUUGUGUUUUCUGCUCAUGAUAUAUCUCAAUGUAAUAAAGAUUUUGUGUCUAUUACUUCCUCUGCUUGUAAUUCCAAAAACAAAAGUAUUGAUGUUGUCAAACUCUGGCAUUUGAGAUUAGGACAUUUGCCUGCAUAUAAACUCAAGUCUGUGUGUCCUAUUAGUAAUGAAAAUACUACUUGUCU